CUGAGCUCUUCCUUUGAGCAUCCUGCAGCACAAGGCCAGUGACAUUGCUUUGAGAAGCUGUGACCCACACCCAAGAUGGCAGAGACUGGAGACCCCAGUCAGCUUAGGCUGCUCAGCCUGGAGCUGCUGAAGGAGCUGUGGGCCAGGCACAAUGCCAUGUGUCGGGCGGUGGCCAGAGCAGCGUCACAGCCAAACCUAGACUAUAGCAGCAGCAGCAGCUUAGAGAUGUCACUGUCCCAAGAGAGUUCUUGCACCUCCUCAGUGGCCCCAAGCUCACAGGACAAAAGACGUGUGUGGGAGCCACUGGACAAUCAUCGAGAGGACACAUCGGAUAUAUCUCGGUAUGACAAGGACAACUGCACGGUGAACUCUCUUCCACCUGCCACGUGCCAACACCCAGAGCCCCAGGAUGGUCUGUGGCCCCCCUCAGUACCCUUGCUAGCCACUGAAGGUCUGAAGGGGCCACCAAAAGGUCUGGGACCUCACAAGACACAAGUCCCAAAGUCCAUUCUGUCGCGACCAAGCAAACCAUCUAAGCCCAAAGUGACCUUCUCUCAAGAGUCUGCAAUGCCUGAGAGCAGCUGGCGCUUCCAGCCAUACCUGGGCUAUGAUUGGAUUGCAGGGUCCCUGGACAGUGACUCUCCAGUCACCAGUCAAUCCGAUACCUUCUUCUCUGUGCUGCAGAGGUUUCGAGAAACCAACAAAGAGGAUUGCAUUUGCAACUCCCCUGAAGCUGUGUUCCCAGGCCUGCAAGAGAGCUGUGGUGUGGAAGAGGACCAUGAGUGUGUGUACUGUUACCGUGUCAACCGGCGCUUGUUUCCUGUGCCAGUGGACCCGGGUACCCCUUGCCGCCUGUGUGGGAUACCCCGAGACCAACAGGGUCCUGAGACUCUGGCAGAGCCUGCACAAGUCAGGGUGAGCAUCCCACUAUCCAUCCUGGACCCCCCACACCGGUAUCGGAUUCAUAGACGGAAAAGCUUUGAUGCAUCUGACACUCUGGCUCUGCCCCGGCACUGUCUCCUAGGCUGGGACAUCCUUCCUCCAAAGUCUGAGAAAAGCUCUGUCCCCAAGAAUCUUGACCUCUGGUCCUCUGUCUCCUGUGGAGCCCAGCGCCGACAUCUGUCAGCCACUAGCCCGUCCUGCCUGAAGCCCUGCAGACUGACCACUCAGAAGGGAACAACGUUCUACCAGUGCCAUCAGCCUCCCCUGAGGAGGCAGCACCUGAGAGAUGGCAGCCCUCACAAUGAGGCUGAACCCUAACAAGAUGGAAGUAUCUGUGCUGUCUCCUGGGUUGGGCAGCUGGGAGGGUCUAGGCCUGGCUCCGGCCUGUUUGCCUCCUGGGGGUGGAACUCCGGAGUGGAGGGGGAAGAGGUUCUGUGAGGACUAUGUAAAUAAAACUCAGGGCCCUGUA